AUGAAUCACAGCGCUCAGAAUUUGAUUGGUUGGAAGCCGACCAAUCGUAUCAUUCCUAUUCAUUUACAGCAGCUUCUGCUUUCUGUUUUCUAUUAUACUCAACCUAAACUCAAUAGUCCAAGCCAAGCGAACAAGCUUCAUUCCAUUCUCUUCGAAUCCAAUAUGUCAUUUACAUUUGUAGCUUUUGCCUACCUUGCUGCACUCAUUCUUACAGCAUUACUUAUCUUUUUCGCCAUAUGGCACAUUAUUGCAUUCGAUGAAUUAAAAAAUGAUCACAAAAAUCCGAUUGAACAAUGCAAAUCUUUGAAUCCGUUGAUUAUACCGGAAUACGCGACGCACGCAUUCAUUAAUUUACUAUUUCUACUCGGUGGUCAAUGGUUUACACUCUUUCUCAAUAUGCCAUUGAUCGCUUUUCAUAUCAAUAAAUUUCGCAACCGUCCAGUCAUGAGUGGAUUUGGUAUUUAUGACCCUACAAGUAUAAUGAACGCUCAAGCAUUGAAUUCUCUUCAACGUGAAGGCUGGAUCAAACUUGGUUUUUAUGUGAUUACGUUUUUCUACUAUCUUUACGGAAUGAUUGCUGAAUUAAUUCGUGAUUAA